GUUAGAUCUAACGCAGUAAAAGAACCAUUAAAAAGGAGGACAAAAAAUGUUAAAUUUGCCGUUGGAAUGAUCGUAACGCAUACAUGGAAAGGUUAUUUCUCUAAUAAUCAUGACGGCGUAAUUAUUGGAUGGAAUCAUAAAUGUGAUAGAAUGUUUCGGGACAAAUUGGACAAGACUAUUAUGUUACCAUAUCUACAUAAAUGCUGUGAUUUUUAUCACAUUUGCGAAUGUCAACAAUUUUCAGCCAGUGUCCAUCAACUGCACUACAUCAUUCUUGCCGAGAAUCAUAGAGUAUGUUAUGUGCAACAAGAUCAACUAUCGAUAUGCUCAUCAAAAAAAAUCGAUAACAUAGAAAUUGGAAGAUAUUUCUCCAGCUUCGAAGGCACUUAUUACGUACCGAAUGAAAGCUUAAGAAAACAUUAUCCAAACGAUACCGCUGCAAUAGCCAAAAUACUUGCCAAACAAUAG